AUGGGCAUGUCCCUCUCAAUGCAAAAGUUCCUCGCCACGCCCUUAGCCGCGCAAUGGAAGUUCCCGUUUGUCGUGAACCCGCGCUUCUGUCGGCGGCGCGUCACGACGUUUGAGCUCACCGACAACUUCUGGGCGCACGCAGUGGACGCCAACGGUUAUGCCGUGCGGGAGGUCACUUCCGGCCGCAUUGUGUUCCGCGUCGUGCCGGCCAUUGACGGCGAAGAAGCAGAUGGCUACACGAAGUGGCUGGUCGACGAGUACGGCAUUCCCGUCGCUCACUUGAGCCAUCGAGGCCUCGACCCGCACCACGCGCACACGAUGCGGUACGACGUGUGUCUCGGCAAGCGCCGCGGGCCGCUGUUAAAGGUGCUCACGACGUUUUACAUCAAGUGCUCGCCAGGCCGAGGCGAGCCGCUGUUUGCCGAGGUGGCGGACGUCCACACUGGCGGCAAAAGUCGGCUGCGGUGCCACGGCAUGUGGCGACAGCGCGCGGCUGUGCUGUACCUGGAACGAGGUCGGGGCGGACGACGGGAACCCAUUGCAAAGGUCUUUCGUCCAGCCAGUCAUCGCAUCACGACGCUCGGGAGCACUGGCGGGUACCACGUCGAGACGGCCAUUGGAGUUGACGUGGCGCUCGUUGUGCUCGUGUGUGCGGCGAUGGACGACGCCAGUGUACCUGUCCAUCGGCAGCUGUCGGGUGGCCACGAGACGGCCGACACAGCAAAGCACGAGAAAGUCGCAGGAGGGCAGCAGGACACGUAA